GCAAUGUUAAUUUCGACUCAUCGAAGUUGUAAAUACAUAUCUCCAUUGACGCGCUGCUAAAUGUUCGUGAUCCAGAUUCGUCACCCAUGUAAAGCCUACGGAGUCGCAUCGAAUCGCUCAACUUCUGCUACGAAAUGGCAAAACUAAAGAUCCCUCGUUCGAAAACUGCCGACUCCGAACCGAACGAGUACGAGAUUCCACUGCUCCAGAACACAGGUCUCGGCGCAUCCGAACAGCAUGCAGACAAUGGCGAGGCGGUCAAGAUCGUUGUACAGCUCAAUGCAGCUCCACUUCAAGACCCGUUCAGCAGAAUCACCGUUCAUUCGAAACGGAGUGUGAAUCUCGACAAUCUCUCCGAGUUCUCAAGUCAAGGGACCAUCGGUAGCAGAAGCGCGAGAGCAGCAGAUCAACUGGCCAAUCCUGCAGAGCUACAUUCUUACGUCAUGAAUUAUCUGAGCCAGGUGCCUCCGCAGAUUUACAUGAGAGUCUGCGGCUCUCAUCGCAGUCCAGCUGAUGCCAACAGUACUAUCAUCGACUUCAAUUUCAUACUAGACCUUCGAGGAUUUUUCGGCUUACAGAAUGACCAAGAUUGGCGAAUUUGUUCCAUCACGCCACACGAUUUUAGAACACAUCGCGGAACCGUCAUGCAGGAGGUCGAAACGACUCCGAAUGAUUCCAACCCCGAGGCCGGAGUCGGCGCUGGGAGGAGCUUAUUCGAGUGGUGCGAACACUAUUGUGCUGAAGUGAGUUUUCGAAAAAGCUUUCGCGUGACGAGAGAAGUGAGCGGCAUCGACCUCGAUGCUAUCCAAACUGGCGUGACCUCUUUACUACGCCCGCAAUAUCUCGGGAAGCUCGACAUUGGUUUCACCAUCGUCGAUGAAUCUGUCGACAUUUACCCAGCCUCCUCGCUUGACCAAAUACGUGUCGAACACAGACGAGGCGAGCUCAUACUGAAUACCCUGCUGUGGCCGGUCCUCGCGCUAUGGGGACUCUGUGCCUUUGUAUUCGCCGUCAGCCUGGUGCCACUGGUCAUGAUGUUCUUGUUUGACCAAGACAGGUCCGGCGUGGCUCGUUGGGCUUAUACAUACUUCCGAAACCUUGGCAUAUUUAUUGGUGCCAGUGCAGCCGUGAUCCUAAUUUAUCUCGUGCUCUAUAUUUUGAUCGCCGGCCCCUUUAUGACCAAGAAAUGGAACAUAUAUACGGUGGACUGGGCAGUCUCAAGAUGGGAUGAGAGUUCUGGGCAGCCCGUGAAGAAAUAUGCAGGGCUGAGCGAGGCCGAGUGGAUUCAAAGUCAUGCACAAUUCUUGCGUCGAUUGGUGGAAGGAAACUUCGAGGGUGACGCGACGGGGUUCAUGGAUUCUAGGAAUGUAAGUUGAUACAUGAAGGAUUGCUUCUCGUACAUGCAAAGAAAAUGGCAACAGCUUCGUGUACAAUCGGAGGAAUGAACACAACUCUCUACUAUAUUCCGACCUGCCCUGCCACGGCGCUGUACACCUGCCUUCCCUCAAACCAGGUCUUCAGCACCGUCGCUCCGGCGAACUCCCCUUCGCUCAAAUCGCGAUCGAGAGCGAUGAAAUUCGCCAUCUUUCCAACUUCGAUACUGCCAAUCAUCCUCUCCCUCCCCACUGCCUCCGCUCCUCCCAGCGUGAUCAUCCGACAGAGCGCAUGGGCAGCAACUUGCUUCUUCGUCAACCCUUCCCUAUCUCCCGACCUUGGCACUUCGAGCAUCUCCACUAAGUGUGCAAGUGGAUCAAACAAACUCGGGUUGU